AUGGUAUUAGACAAUGUUAUAAGCCCUAAUCCGUCGUUUACAUCAGUUGAAAGUGAAUUUGAAAAUAUUAAUUGCCCCAUAUGUUCCAAGGAAUUCCAUGAUCUACAAAGGUUGAAUAAGCAUCUUGAUACCGACCAUAAAUUGGGACUAUCAACUCAAAGUUCCAAUGAGAUAACCUCGCAGUCUAGGGAUACCAGUCUGAGUUUACAGAGGGAUUCAAAUGAGAAAGCUCAUAUUUCAAGGGUUCGUUGGAAGAAACCAAGUAGAAAUCUGAAGGAGAACAAAUGCCAUGGUUGCAAAAGGAUAAUGAACAAAUCGACUGGGAUGGUUAAUUGCAGGAGUUGUGGGGAGUUAUUUUGUAGAAUACAUUGUCGGAAUAUUAUUAAGUUGAAUUUAGAAGCAGAUUAUGAUCCUAUUGAUGGUUCAUGGUAUCACUGUUGUAAUGAAUGUUUUAAGAAAAGGCCAGGAUACAACGAUUUCGGACAAGUGAACGAUUUGACCACAGAUUUUGUUAGUGUGAGAAGUUCUAAAAACGAAGAUAAGAAAUUAAGACAGCUACAGCUAGAAAAUAGGUUAAUUCGGCUGAUUGAUGGAAUCACUGAGAUAUAUCUACGAAACAAGGAUAGUAUCGUAGCGGCAUUUCGAAUGAAUAUUGAAAUUUCGAGAUUUGAGACUACUGUUACGGCAUGGAAAGAUGAUACGGCUGUUUCACGUUGCAAUAUAUGCUUGAAGCAGUUUGGUUUAUUGUUGCGAAAACAUCAUUGCCGCCUUUGUGGGGAAGUCAUAUGUGAUGACGGAACCACUGCUUGUUCAUCACCCAUCCCCAUAAAUGUAUUACUUAGGACUACCCAAGAUUUACCAUACAAAAUGAAGAAUAUAGAUUCACUUGAUUUGGAACAUGAACUGCGAUUGUGUCGUAACUGUAUUCAAAUUAUUUUUGUCGGAAGAAAAUUUAAGCAAGAUUUGCUUCAAAAGAAGGCUCUGAUCUUAGAGAAGUAUGAAAGUAUUCAUAAUCUCUCUUUGGUAAUAGACAAACUUUUACCUCAAUUUAAAGACAUUUUGUCUAAGAUCGAAAAUGGGAAGGAUACAAAUACGUUACCGGUGGAGUCUGACAUUAGGGAGCUAACAAGAUUACGUGAAAAAUCAUUACGCUCCUUAUCGACCUAUAACAAUGUAAGCAGACAAAUUGGGAUUAUUAAUCCUACGAAUGGUUCUGAGAAACGAAUUCAAGAAAGUAUUAAAAUAGCAUCAUCCAAAUAUAUAAAUGAAAAAAUGCUACCAUUGAAGACGAUUCCGGCGAUUUUGAAUCCAUUAAUGAAUAAACCUCAAGAGAUCGAUUUACCACAGACUAAAAAGUUUUCUGAUUUGUUCAACACUCUGAGCAUUAAAGAGAUUAAGUCACUGCGAGAGGAGUUGAUGGUAUUAAAAGAACAAAGUUUCAUGAUCCAGACGAUGAUAGAUGCGGCCAAAACGCAGCGUAAAUUUGACGAAGUGACGACCUUGGAGGGUAAUCUGAAGGAAUUACACGACCGUGCCACAGAAAUACAGGGCAAGCUGGGGUCAGAAGGAUUCGAGUAG